AUGUCUCAUUCGAAGAAUCUGACUUUGGCUGGGCCUUCCCGCCGCCUCCCUUAUGAGGUUUUCCUCGACAUCAUCGAAGUCCUCAUCGCUGAGGCAGUGGAUUCAGUCGAGCCACUGACGUAUAUUCUUGAGUACAGCUACGAGAGUGAGGCCAAGAUUAUUAUCAACGACGCAAACUACAGCCCGUAUAUCAAUGGCACGUCGCAGCGCGCUCGAUUCCGUCAGAUUCGCAAUAUCUUGCAGAUCAACGCCAAGAUCCGCAGCAUGGUUCACAACCACUUCCGCCGUAUGCCGAUGGCCAGUCGUUUACCGAUGAUUAUUCGCAGGGGUUUUGGAUCAUUCCCUGUCUUGGGAUGGGUGUGCCCGAAAAUCGACGUCUUCACCUGCUUCACCUGGAGCCUCCACGCUGCUCAUCUGUUGGCCGCGAUCCAGCUUCCCACACCCAAGGGUAAUGAAAUCGUUCAGAACAUCACGGUCUUCGACGGCUUCACCUUGACCAGGUUCUUCGAGAUGGGCCAUGAAGACUUGGUCAACACACUCGCUUCGCUUCCCAACCUGCGCAAGAUCAUCAUCAAUAUCGGCCCGAUUGUCCAAUUGGAGGCUGAUGACGGUCGUCCUCACUCUCAUACAGAAUUCAGGGAGAUCGACGGGCACCAGUUUCCAUCCCUAGCAGAAUGGGAGCGAGACCACGGCCAUAUCGCUCGCAAGCUUGCGCCUCAAUUCAAGAAGAAAGGUAUCUCCAUCUUCGCCGAGAGAGCGCAAUUUACAACAAGGCUGAAAUUGGAAAUGGAUAUCACUGAAGAGGCCAUUCGCGUCAAGUUUGUCAACCCGGUCUGCGACUGCUACCUCGACACGGACGAGUAA